AUGGAGAACACUAUUUCUGCCGGUGUACAAUAUAUGAAAUGAUGAGAUUUUAUAUGAUAUAAUACUCCAGGAUUCCAAUUUAUGGCAUGGCACAUAGGUGGAGUGUAUUAUGCUUAACAUGGGUAUAUUAUCUUGCUCUUAUGCACUGUUGAUAUUUGUCUAUUAUUACCCUUCUAUAUGUUAUGUUACUCAAAAGGUGAUUACAACACCUACAACGCAGCUGCGGCGGGGACUGUUUGCUCAGUUCAAAACGAAGACAGGUAAACGUCCACAUGGAAUCAGCCGUAUGCGUGAUAUACGCCGAAGCCACGUACAAGAGCUGACCUAUGAGCGUGUUAAGUUAUCCAAGGAUCAUGUGUUGACGGACGCAAAGAUACUUUUCAUCAACAAUGUUGAUCCCGAGAUUACCCAGGAUGCAAUAGAUUACCUCCUACAUUAUAUCCACGGCCCACUUACAACGUCCACCAAGUUGUUCAAGGACAAGUACACUCAACGCCACAAAGGUUACGGCUACAUCAAAUUUUCCACACCGGAGAUUGCCACUAGAACUUUACUUUCUUUAAACGGGGCACGCAUCGGCAAUCGUCAAAUAAUUCUCUCAGAGUAUCUGCCAAAGUCGUCCAAGUCAAAUAAGCUAGAUCCUGUAAUAUCGGCUGCAAGGCGCAUAAUUCAGAAGGUCCAUGGUGGGAAACAUAAAACUUCCGUUGUGGACAAAUAUGACAUAGCCUUUUUACCCAUUAAUGAAGAGUGAUAACUGUGC